AUGUCUGGAAGCAGUGAAGGGCAGAGUCUGGAGGCCCAGGCCUUGGUGCCAAGCCGCGGCAGCCACAAGGUUGACUGCAUCGUCUGCUAUUGCUCCUACGACCUCUCAGCCCGCCUGCCCCGCCGCCUCUACUGCGGGCACACGUUCUGCCAGGCCUGCAUCCGGCGCCUGAACAUGGUGGCCAACGAACAGUGGUGGAUCCCAUGCCCCCAGUGCCGCCAGAACACCCCCACCCCACGCGGAGGGGUCACCAUGCUCGACCUGGACCUCACGGCCUUUUUAGCAGUCAAGAAUGAGAAAGAUCACCCUCGGGGGCCGGGCAGGACGGAUCCUGAGCCGGCCCCAAAAACGCCCACCAAGGAGACGCCAGUCACUCAGCAGCCCACCGGCGUGUGCCAGGAGGCCUUGCCACGGCCCUAUUUCCCAGAGAGCGGCUGCUGUGGCCACUGCCUUUGCUGUGGGACCACAGCCGCUUUCCACAGCUGA